AUGAGAAUAGAUUUAGCUAAUUAUACUACCUCCAAUAAUAACAACAACAAAAGAUUAAAAAUUAAUGAACAUAUAGAUCUAAAUGAGUAUAAGGAUGGAUCAUUAAUUAAAUUGAUAUUACAUAAUUUUGUCACUUAUAAAUUGACAGAAUUCACUCUAUCACCAUCUUUAAAUAUGAUCAUUGGUCCUAAUGGGUCAGGUAAAUCCACUUUUGUUUGUGCCAUUUGUUUAGGUUUAUCUGGCAAAACAGAGUAUAUCGGUAGAAUGAAAAAGGUGGAGGAUUUCAUCAAAAAUGGUGAAGAUUUAGCAAGAAUCGAUACUUAUUUAAGAGAUUCAAGUAAUUUACAAACCGGAACAGUUAAAGUGACAAGAUUUAUUUAUAGAAACAGAAAAAAAUCUUCAUAUCAAAUAAAUGAUCAGGAUAGUACUGAACAACAAGUGAGAAACUUGAUUAUUAAUAAAUUUAAUAUACAAUUAGAUAAUUUGUGUCAAUUUUUAUCUCAGGAAAGAGUAGAAGAAUUCGCCAGAUUAAAAUCCGAUAAACUAUUGAUCGAAACAAUAAGAUCAAUUGAUUCUAAAUUAUUAAUAAUAUUUGAAGAAUUGAAAAGUUUACAAGACAACGAAAUAACUACACAAAGAGAAAUUGAUUUAAAGAAGACAAAUUUAGAAAAUCUGCUUCAAAAAAGACAGGUAUUGAAUGAAAAAGUAUCUUUGUUAAAAGAAUAUGAGGAAAAGAUGAAGGAAAUCGAAUACCAUAAGGAUCUACUACCAUAUGUCUAUAUUAAAGAUCAUAAGCUGAAACUAAAGACGUAUAAAAAUGAUUAUAAAAUUGCUAAAAAUCAACUGAAAGAUUUAAUGAAUGAAAAAAGACCCUUUAUACAAAUUCAAGAAAAAAUAACCACUAAUUUAGAAAAAUCCAAAAGAAAACGUAUAGAGAUAACUAAUUCCAUAAGAGGUUUCGAAUUGAAAAUCAAAGAUAUACAAUCCACAAUGUCUCAAUUAAAAGAUGAUAUUAACAAGAAAAAAAACCAAAUUGAAUAUUAUGAAAAUAGAACAGAGAGAGUGAGGACUAAUAUUAGGGAAAAACAGACAGAACUAACAUCCAAAGAGAGAGAACUGACCAAAUUAACUGAAGUUUUACCAAACAAUGAUGACUUGACUAAUAUCGAUAAAGAAAAAAGUCAAUUACUCGAUAAGCAGCAAUUAAUUGAAUUUAAAAUUUCGGAGUUGAAUAAUAAAGCACGUCAGCAUAACAAUGACAUUAAUCAAUUGAACCAGCAAAUUUCAAGUAUUAAAAGACAAUUAACAUCUGAUGAUAAGAUAUCAAUAUUAAACAAGAUACCAAACACUAGUGAUUUACAAAGAGCUAUCCAUUAUAUUAGACAAAAACAUGAUGAAAUGAAAGAUUGUAUCUGGGAGCCGCCAACUAUGACAGUUUCCAUGGAAAGUCCAAAAUUGGCUGCAUAUUUAAAUGUAUGUGUAGAUUCUAAUACAAGUAAAGCGAUAACACUAAAAGACUCCUCAACAUAUGAAAAAUUCAAUAAGGAGUUAUUACAAUAUAAGGUCAACUUAAGAGAAUUAGAUCCUGCUUUCAAUUUUAAUCAACAUAGAUUGUCUCCGGAUGAAGUAAAAUCUUUUGGAUUUGAUGGAUAUUUAUCUGAUUUUGUUAAAGGAAAUUCAAAGGUCAUUGAUAUGCUCUGUCAAACAAGUAAUAUACAUUUAAUUCCCAUUUCUACCAAAGAGUUAUCCAUCACGCAGGUAGAAAGACUGUGCAACCCCAAAGAUGGUCAAAUCAUUUUCAAAAAAUUUAUUCAUGGUACUUCACUUAUAACAGUUCAAAAAUCCAGAUCAAAGCAUAUUUUUACUCGUGAAAGUGAAAUUAAAAAUACCAAUUUAUAUCAAACAAAUGUUAUGACAGAUGAUGAUAAAGCUAGAAUCAAUCGCGAGAUUGAGGAGAGGCAAUUAAAGAUUGAUGAAAGAAAACAAGAAAUUGAGAAUUUGUCUUCUGAAAAAGGUCACUUAAGUGCAGAGAAUUCUGAAAUCAAUAAAAACCUAGAUGAAUUAAGUAUUAAGUUGCACAAAUGGAACAACCUCCACAAUAAGCACAGCAGUUUAAUUCAAGAUAUUGAAACUCUAAAAGAAGUAAUCAAAAGUUUAAAACAUGAAGCAAAUAAAGAUGUAAGUAACAACAUUCAAAAUGUUAAACAGGCAAUAUUUCAAAAUUUAAAAAAACAAACUAAUCUUGUCAAACAGAUGAUUGAUUGUACAAAUAAGAUGAAAAGUUUUCAAGAUAAACUAAUUGAGAAUGAUAUUAAACUGUUUGAAAACCAGAACUUUCAAAUUACAUUAACUGAUGUAUUAAGCAAUUUAUUAGAAAGAGAAGAAGACUUAAGGAAAGAAUACCAGAGUAAAAAGGAAAUUGUCAAAGAUAUGAGGGAUACAGAUGAUUAUAAAAGCUGGAUGGAACAAAUUAAACAGUAUGAUAAUACUUUAAAGAUCACAUUAAAUAAAUAUGCUGAAGAAUAUGAAAAGAAUGAUAACUUUAAUGUUUCUUUCAUUAAGGAUAUGAUUGAUAAAUUAGAAUCUGAAGUGUCUAUGAUAAAUCAUGACGCUUCUUCAAUUACUAUUUUACAAAAUGUAGAAAAAGAAAUUGAGGAAUUGGAAAGUGAAUUACCAAAAUUGGUGAGUGGUUUGAAAGAGACUAAAACAGAAAUUGAGAAAAAGCAUGAAAUAUUAGUUCCACAAUUAGAGUCAAUUAUUUCCCAGAUAUCAGCAAAGUUUGGUAGGUUAUUUGUUAAUGUUGGUAGUGCUGGUGAGGUAAGAUUAGAAAAACUUACAUUAUACAAUGAAUGGAACGUUGAAAUUUUGGUAAAAUUUAGAGAUACUGCUCCAUUAAAAAGAUUAGAUUCACAUACCCAAUCUGGUGGUGAGCGUGCAGUAUCAACGAUAUUGUAUAUGAUAGCAUUACAAGAAUUUACUAUGGCACCAUUUAGGGUUGUUGAUGAAAUUAAUCAAGGUAUGGAUCAAAGAAAUGAAAGGAUUGUGCAUAAAGCAAUGGUAGAGAAUGCAUGUGCUGAAAAUACAUCACAAUAUUUCUUGAUUACACCCAAGCUUUUAACAAAUCUUCAUUACCAUCCAAAAAUGAGGAUUCAUUGUGUGAUGGCAGGUCCUUGGAUACCCAACCCAAAUGAAAAUCCAGAUAUGCUUCAUUUCGGUGAGACUAGUAAUUAUGUUUUCUGA